GUGGUGGCGGCGGCAUGGUGCAGUUCUUCCUCCUCCAUGCUCGCCGACCAGGGCUCCUCGGCCGCAGCAGCCAAGCACAUGCUUCCCACGAAUAGGGCCAGAUAUGGUUUGCCCCGCUGAAUAGCUGGCCCGACAACGGCAACCUGGACAAGGCACGGCGUCUGCUGUGGCCCAUCAAGCAAAAGUACGGCAAGGCGAUUCAUGGGCCGACCUUUAUAUCUUGGCGGGCAAUGUAGCCCUCGAGGAGAUGGGCUUCCCCGUCCUCGGCUUUGGUGCCGGCCGUCCCGACACUUGGCAGGCGGAUGAGAGCAUCUACUGGGGCUCUGAGACCACCUGGAUGCCCAAGGGCAACGACGUGCGUUACAACGGCAGCACCGACUAUGCCGGACGCUUCAGCAAACCGGAGAAGCCGCUUGCUGCCGCUCAUAUGGGUCUCAUCUACGUCAACCCCCAAGGCCUCGAUGGCAACCCUGAUCCCAAGUUGUCUGCUCUGGAUAUCCGCACUACUUCUGGCCGCAUGGGCAUGAACGACUCGAAAACCGUCGCCCUGAUUGCCGGAGGCCACGCCUUUGGCAAGGCUCACGGCGCGUCGAGCACCGCGGUCGGUCCCGCCCCUGAAGGCGCAGCUCUUGAGGAGCAGGGCUUCGGCUGGGCCAACCCUUUCGGCACCAGGAACGCUGUCGACACCAUCACGAGCGGACUGGAGGUCAUCUGGUCCAGGACGCCGACAAAAUGGAGCAACGACUAUUUGACGAGCCUCUUCAAGCAUGAAUGGACCCUGACCAAGAGCCCGGCCGGCGCCCAUCAAUCUGAGGCACUCCCAGGGGCCUCAGGAGUACCCCCAGCCCUUCAACAGCAAAACGUUCCGCCGGCCUACCAUGUUGGUCAGUGAUCGCCCUGCGCGAGGAUCCCAUCUACGGCGCCAACGGUGCCCGCAUCGCUUUGCAACCCCCAGGUCUCGUGGGAAGUUAACAACCCUAAGCAGCUGCAGACUGUCCUUGCCGCGGUAU